CUGUUUUGGGGAUAAUGGAGAGUAACAGUAGUAGAGAAAAAGAAGUGGAAGAAGCAGAAACCCUCAAGAAGAGAAUCUCUAGCCAUCCUUUGUAUGGACUUUUGGUUCAGACUCAUAUGGACUGUUUAAAGGUUGGUAGUAUUGGUGAUAUAGACCAAAGUGAUCCCAUGAAGAAGAAGCAAGCUGUUAAAAAACCCAGUUCGAGUUCGUUAAGCCAGCCAGAGCUUGAUCACUUCAUGGAAGCAUAUUGCCUAGCCCUAAGCAAGCUGAAAGAAGCAAUGGAGGAACCUCAGCAUGAAACGGUAGCUUUCAUCAAUAACAUGCAUGUGCAACUUAGGGAGCUAACCACAACCUUUCCUGAUCAAACUUUUGAUCCUUGCUCUACAUCUUCAGACAUCAAGAAGAAAUGAGUAACGCAUGACGGACUAUAACGAAUGACAUGAUUUUCUAUGAUCUGUAUGUUGAAACAAUUGUCUUCUUCAUAUUAGGAUGGGUUCUAAGAUGCAUCUCCUUAAGUGGUUUCUUGCAUGAUAGAUGCCUGUGCUUCAAAGAUAGACGCUAGUCCCUCCAAUGCAAUUCAGAAUUGAUCUAAUUUAAUGAAAUUGUUUUGCUGGUGUAAUUAUCUUUCUAUUAAUUAAUGA